GUCUCAAACCUUCAGCUUCCUCGUUACAGGAAAAGUACAUCUGAUCAGAGACUCUCUGCGGCAACUACAAUGAUAAAACUCAACAUUUAUCAAAUCUAAUAUUCUUUACUCUGGGCUGGACUUCAUCUGGACGUCCCGUACAUGACUGAGGUCAAUGUCUCCAUGUUAAAUGGCGAAAUCAUAUGAGUUCAGCUGGAGGAGACCCGUCCCUCUCUUCAUGCAGCGGGGGGCUUGUUUUGACAGAUUUGAGGAGGAUCCGUUCGUCUUUGAAUCAAACUGUUUCUUCAGAGUUGAUGCUUUUGGGUUUUUCCUCACAUGGGAAAGUGAUGGAAAGGAGGGUCAGGUUCUGGAAUGUUCUCUCAUCAACCGUGUGUGUGAAGCUAAUGUACCAAAGGACUCAAAGCUCGUGUCGGCUCUGGAGACGUCAGGGAGAUGUUCCAGUAAUCUGCAGGACAGAAUCAUGUGUGUGUGCAGCGGUACAGAUCUGAUUAACCUGAACUUCAUGUACAUCAUCACACACGACUCAAACACAGCGAAGCAAUGGACGGAUGGUUUACGCUCAUUGAUUCAUAACACACGAGCCAAUAACGUUUGUCAGAUGACCUGUCUAAGAAAACAUUGGAUGCGAUUGUCAUUUUUGACAAACAUGAAUAGGAAAAUCCCCGUCAGGAGCAUCACAAGAACGUUUGCAUCAGGAAAAACUGAGAAGGUUAUUUUCCAAGCACUCAAAGAUCUGGGUUUACCCAGCGGAAAGAACGAUGAAAUCGAUCCGGAAAUCUUCACUUUUGAGAGUUUCUACAGUCUUACACAGAAGAUUUGUCCCAGAACUGACAUAGAAAAUCUGUUCAAGAAACUCACUGGAGACAGAAGUGAUUUUUUAGGUGUGGACCAGUUAGUGCACUUUCUGAAUAAAAAUCAGCGAGAUCCACGUCUGAACGAGAUUUUAUUUCCCUUCUGCGACUCGAAACGUGCUUCACAAAUCAUUGAGCGACACGAACCCGAUGAGAAACUCAGAAGAAAAGGUGUGAUGUCCUGUGACGGCUUCUGUCGGUAUCUGACGUCUGAUGAAAAUGCUCCGGUGUUUCUGGACCGCUUGGAGGUUUAUCAGGAGAUGGAUCAUCCUCUGUCUCAUUACUUCAUCAACUCGUCUCACAACACUUACCUGACCGGACGACAGUUUGGAGGAAGAUCUUCAGUCGAGAUGUACAGACAAGUGCUGCUGUCCGGCUGCAGGUGUGUCGAGUUGGACUGUUGGGAUGGUAAAGGUGAAGAUCAGGAUCCCAUCAUCACACACGGGAAAGCCAUGUGUACAGAUGUGCUCUUCAAGGAUGUUAUUCAGGGAAUUAAAGAAACCGCCUUCAUAACGUCUGGUUAUCCUGUGAUAUUGUCUUUUGAGAAUCACUGCACGAAACAUCAGCAGUAUAAGCUGGCUCGCUACUGUGAGGAGAUCUUUGGAGAUUUGCUCCUAAAACACCCGCCCGACGACUUCCCGCUGGAGGCCGGCCGUCCGCUGCCGUCACCCAAUGAUCUCAAAGGAAAGAUUCUCAUCAAGAACAGACGACUAAAACCAGAAGUGGAAGAAAAGCAGUUGGAUCAUUGGAGGAAACACAUGGAGGCCGGAGAGCCGAGCGUCUCCACAAACAUCUCUGAAGACGAGACUGAGGAGGACACGUCCACCGAGCUGCUCACAGAAGCUCAUCCUGAACGGAUUCAGGGAUGUUUGAUGAGUGAAGAAGAGCAUCAGGAUGAAGAGCCGCUCACGGUCACGAAGAUCUCACAGGCCGGAGAAACAAACGUAGCUGAUGAACUGGCUUUGAUUCAGUCGUACACAUACGUCGCUGCAACCACAAAUAUUCACCCGUAUCUCUCCAACAUGGUGAACUACGCCCAGGCCGUGAAGUUCCUUGGUUUUACUGAAGCUGAGGAGAAAAACAUCCAUCACAACAUGUCGUCCUUCAAUGAAUCCGUGGGUUUGGGAUAUUUAAGAACGAAUGCCAUUGAAUUUGUGAACUACAACAAACAACAGAUGAGUCGAAUCUACCCCAAAGGAGGUCGAGUGGACUCCAGUAAUUAUAUUCCUCAGAUUUUCUGGAACGCUGGAUGCCAGAUGGUUUCUCUCAACUUCCAGACCCCAGAUUUGGCCAUGCAGCUGAAUCAGGGGAAGUUUGAAUACAACGGCUCGUGUGGGUAUCUACUGAAGCCGGAUUUCAUGCGCCGGCCGGAUCGCAUGUUUGACCCGUUUUCUGAGACGCCGGUGGAUGGAGUGAUCGCAGCCGCCUGCAGUGUUCAGGUCAUAUCAGGUCAGUUUCUGUCUGAUAAGAAGAUCGGCACGUAUGUGGAAGUGGACAUGUAUGGGCUGCCCACAGACACCAUACGCAAAGAGUUUCGCACGAGGAUGGUGAUGAAUAACGGUCUGAAUCCACUGUAUGACGCUGAACCCUUCGUCUUUAGAAAGGUUAUCCUCCCAGACCUGGCGGUCCUCAGAGUGGCUGUGUUUGAUGAUAACAAUAAACUGAUCGGACAGAGAAUCCUGCCGCUGGACGGACUGCAGUCGGGUUACAGACACAUCUCUCUGAGAAAUGAAUAUAACAAACCUCUGUCUCUGGCCACCGUCGUCUGUAACAUCAUCCUCAAAACAUACGUGCCCGAUGGCUUCGGAGCUAUUGUAGAUGCUCUGUCUGAUCCCAAGAAACAUGUAUCCAUCUGUGAGAAAAGAACAGAUCAGAUGAGAGCUAUGGGCAUCGAGACGUCAGAUAUCGCUGAUGUGCCGAAUGACGGCUGUAAGAGAAAUAACGAACACAAGAUGAAUCCGGCCGUGAUGUUGUCACAGAAAGACUCAGAGAGACAGAAAUCACCUGAUGUAACAUGUUCAAAAGAGGACACAUCGAUGCUGACGCCACCGCUGACCAUCGAUGACCUGAAGCAGAUGAAGACAUACUUAAAACUCAUGAAGAAGCAGCAGAAGGAGACGAACGCUUUGAAGAAGAAGCAGGCGAAGACACUCGCCGCUCUGUGGAGCUCCCACAGCGCACACAUGGACAGAAUUCAUGCUCAACAUGACAAAGAGAAAGAAACUCUGGAGAAACAACUCCUGAAGAACUGCAAGAAAUCUCUCACCGAGACUCACAGCUAUGACACGAGGAGAGACAUUGAGCUGAAGACGUUGAGCACAAAUCACAGAACACAGGUGAAGGACACGGUCAAUGCUCACACGCUCCAGACCACAGACAUGAUCAAACGAAACACGACUGAAGAACAGAAAGUGAGAGAACAACACGCCGUUCAACAGUGUGAAGAACUACACAAACUGAUGCUGGAGGAACAAGAGCAACAAACACAAAGACUUUCUGUCGUCCACGAGAGAGAGUGUAAAGAGAUGAGAAGAAAACAAGCUAAGAUAUCGAUGGAGAGCAGUAGAGCCAUCAGUCACGACAGACGCAUCAAGAUCAAAGCUGAGAGAGAACGAAGAGUUCGAGAGCUGAACAGCACAAACACCAGAAAGUUUCUUACAGAGAGAAAGAGGCUCGCCGUGAAACACUCGAAGGAGAUCGAGCGACUCCAGGCAGCUCAGCGAGAACAACGUGAGAAACUGGAGAGACACAAUCAGGAGAUGUUGAAGUCGUGCGGUGUGAAAUCAUCGUGCUCAGACCAAGCAGACGUGGAACGUGAGGACAUCAACAUACUGCUGACCAGUCAGACCGCUGACCAAUCAGACGCAAGCUUGUCAACAGCCCUCAGGGACAGAUUUAGAGAUGAUAUCCAGCACAGAAACAAUCUCAACACUCAAGAUUCAAGUGAAGGGGACUAAAAAUACAGCCGGCACGCCAUUGACAAGGAAGAAGAAACUUGAUAUGAACAGUAAAUCAAAGGAUCUCGAUGAAAUGACUUCUGAUUGUCAGAUAAUCAAUGUGUGCAGUCGAAUGAAACGGAGAAAUGAAAGAAUCCUCCAUCAACAGCAGAUGGCAGAAGACGUGUUAAAGGCUCUGAAGAUGAGCGGCGUGUGAGUGGGUUUGCUCUUCUUCAUGGACGAGCGAACAUAAGCAGAUCUGUGUGGAAUGAAGAUGAAUGUAAGAUUUGAGCUGUUUUCACAGCGGUAUACACAUGAACAUCAGUAACACUGCUGAAGAAUGUUAAACUGAUCAAACAUCAACCCCAGGGCCUGUAUCAGAUGAAGGAUUGUCCCCCGCGAUGGGAAUCAAAUGCUGAAACUGAUGAAACUUUUAUUAUCUCUCCUGACAUCACAAACACAUGAUGUUUAAGAGUUUUGAACUAGAACUCUUCUACACGUGAACUUAUAGGCAUAUAUAUACUGAGAGAUUUUUGAGUUGAUAUACUCUCAGCUGUAAGUUUCUUUAAGUGAAAUGAACUGUGUUUCUCUUUGGGUAUGAAUGUUGUAUACUUGAAAAAAAAAUGUGUGUACUCGAAGUAUGUUUGAAGUGAUCAGUGUGUAUAUAGAGAAUAAGCUUCAGUGUCACAUGUAUUAUUUAUUGUAAACUGUUCCACCCAAAUAUGUAGUAUUUCUGAGGAGUCAGGGCCGGCGCCAAGGGGGAGGAAUCACUCGCGGGCCAUGCCCCCCUACAGGGUUGUUGUGCCCCCCUCACGACUCAG